CUCGUCUCCUCGAGUCAUGGGUUCAAAAAUUUGGCUCAUUGCAGUUCUACUGCUAGCGGUUAGCGUCGGUUUGGAAGCAUUUCCAGUUGCAUUAAACGACGAUCCAACCGACUUUAAAUCAGAUGAUUUAUCAGAUGAUUUAACUGAAAGGGAUGUUCUGUACGAGGACAACUAUGAAAUGGGUUAUCCUGAUGUUGAUAAUGUUGCUGCUGCUGUUGCUGCUAGUGAUGAUGACGAUGAUGAUGGAAAUGAGUUGGAGGACUAUGAAGGUGCUUUAGACGAGAUGGGUCUAGAGGAUCCACGUUGGAGUGGGACACUCAGACUGCCACGACCACGUGAUAGGCGUCCACGAUCACCGCAACCAAAACGAAGAAGGAAAAAAACAGGGAGAAGAGGAAAAGGGAAACGGGGUGGUAAGAAAUCAUCAAGACAAAAAGGUAGAAAAAGGCAUGGGAGACCCCCACGAAAAUCUGGAAAUAAAAAGGGAAAGAAAAAGGGAAAAGGUGGUUAAAAAGACGCGCGGUUACAGAGCCUCACCCUCCUGGACUAUGCCAUAAAUAAAAGGAAAGAAAAGAAAAAGGAGGAAAAAGUCACCCUUUUAUCAGCGAACGGAAAACAAAUAAAUGAUAAAAUCUGGAAUUAAAACUGAGUGAUAGCAAUUGUUAGAGUUUAGAAUUUCUUAAUGAUAUAAAUUUCAACAAUAAAAAAGAUCACCCUUUAGAAAAGGACCACAAACAGCAACUUUACUUAACCUAGCUAUCACUUUUGUAACAUCCAAAUCCCUGGGAGGAGCGGGCAGAGACUGGGAGAUUAGGGCGAGAAGGCGUCUGGUAUUUCAGAAUAAUCAGGGCGUAUGCUGCGUUGUUUAGGGUUAAAGUUCAUAAGCUAGAAACUCUUGCCUGCAAAAGCUGGUUUAAUUCACGUUUUAUUUAGUUAUAUGAGGUUAGAAUAUAAAGGCAGCUAAUAUCAUGUGCUACACUUCUAAUUUAAUAAUUUUGGUUUCAUUCUGGAAAAGCCGCAGAGUGAAAGAAAGAUAGCCUUUCCCCCUAGUGUUUGCUACGUGAAAGUGGAUUUAGUCCCUGCGCAUGUAACAUAUUAUGAGAGACUAGCCCCUCGAACCAAUCCUCUCCUGGAAAAUCUUCAAGGGACUUGAAGUGAGACCCAUUUUUCCAAGUGUGACCUUUUUUUUUACCAAGUUUCGUCACUUUUCUUCAAGUGUGACACAUCUUAUCAAAUAAGGCACCUUUUUCUCCAGGUGUGACCUAUUUUCACAAGUGCAAGCCAUGUUUCCAAGUAAAACCCCUUUUUUUUUUUUCCAAAUGUGAUCCUUUUUGUAAGUGUGA